UGCGCAGUUACUCCCCGGGUAUCAGGGGAGUACGGUCACCGAGACAGAUCGGGAUCUAGAGCGAGCAUGGCAUCAAGGAGGGUAUCCUUCUCGCAAUACCGUCUGGAAGCGGAGAUCGACCGCUACAGAGCAGAGUGCCAGUGGGACAAGAUACCCCCUAUCGUAGAGCAACUCGUGGCCGCACGAUUUCACGAAGACGGUGAGUGGUGACUACCUGUUGGAUUUUUGUAUAGGUUUGUUUUUUCUCAGUAAGUUUUUGUCACAUGUCCAGACAGGGAUGGCGAUAGUUCUGCAUGUGUUGGACUUUGUACUCUGCAAGUAACUUAAUGUAAUUCCCCUACUCUGCAAACAAUUAAGUUGACAACUUUACUGGAGUUUGGGCAUAUCUGAAGCUGUUCGUUGUAUACAUCAAUACCGUACACUUCUCAAUGGGCGAUGUUCAAAACACAGAACAUAUUGUAAUGAACAUGUAUUAACUGAUUGUCACUGUCACUGUAAUUCUUUGUCCGUUUUAUUAUUUUCAAUGUAUGUAGGCCUAUGUAUUCAAACACACUACUCAAACACUCAGUGGGUAGGCAAAUGUAGCUACUCACCUCACCUGGCUAAAGUAAACAUGGGGUAAGGUGACAUGGCUCACGACCUUGCUGCUUGCCACUGUUAUUGUGUCAAUAACCAAAUAUUUUAUGUCAUAUUAUUGGCUGGAUGGGGUGCCUACUGCCCACCUGAAACUGUUUUCACCUUUCACCAUGCUUGCAAGUGUACAUAACUCUUAAUGUGUUAUUCUAGACUGAAGUGUGUAGAAUUCAAGUCAUCCCUAGCUGGUCUGCUGUUAAAGUCUGUCUUGACAGUGACAGUUUGCCCACUGUCUUGACACUGUCCCUAGUUGUUGCAAUUCAAGACAAGGGUGAAAUCACAAUCAGUCUCUGACCAGGAUGUUUUGAGAUUACAACACGUGUGUUGGAAAUAAUGUAACUUUAUUCAGAUGCUCUGUAGAAGAUUUGUUCUUCUCCUGAAUAAUUAAGAAAAGUUAUGCACCUCAUUAACAUACCCCAUGAAACUGAUUUGUAACACAUUGCUGUUAUACUGUAGUUAAUGUUUUAUAGAGCAGAAUGAUUUGUUUUAUGUGUUUAGACACCAUACUGUACAUCACAUUAUACAUUCUGCAGCCCUUAUCCUCCCUUUCAGUGAUUAACCUUGAUUGGGACAGUCUCAUAAACAUGAUGGGCUACAGUAUGUCAGAGAUGCCAGAACAUAAACACCAGUCUCAGACUUGGCGUCAGAACACACCACCAGAGACAGGAGAGGAGUGAGAGAAGUGAGAGCUGGACCAAACAGGAAGGCUCUAAUCCAGAAUGUGUAAACAAGUGACUUUUAUUGCCAUCCAGUGACACCACUGGUGUUUUUUCUCCCUUCUCUCUGGGGCUUAUGCUAUGGUGGACUGGGCUGGGUUUAUUUGGGCUACCAAAGCUGCUGACCCCUGACCCUGAACUCCCACUCUGCACUCCACUUAACCUUCCAAUACUCUGAAUUCUGUCCCAAUUCCCUCUGCCCUCCUCCAGAUGACUACGGGACGCUGUUAUUGGCCGAGGCCCUUCUGGAGGAGUGUCUACAGGACAACCUGAGUCUGUUACGCAACGCCACACCUUUGACGGACAUCAACCAGCCCAAACUGUCCCGGUCCAAGGGCUACCUCAACUCCAUCCUGAGCAGGGGGCUGCUGGCGGUCUGUCUGAGCAUCUCCCCUCUGUGUCACCUCCUUCUACACCUCACUUCCUCCGAUUGUACUCAGCUUUCUAUCUCGUUAACUUGUCUCACCAAGUUUCCAAUUAGUCUAUUAUUUUCAUAUUUACCUGUUUUCUCUGUCACCCUUCACUUAGUCUCUCGUAACAGUCUUAACAAUAAAAUGAUGGUUCUGGGUGCCUUCCCUUGGUUCACUUAUCUGUUUGUCAUUGUGGUGUCAACAACUCACACCCCUCGUGUUGUGUCUCUCUGUCUGUCUGUCUGUCCCCACACAGCCCAGGCACCUGAACGAGGCUCUUCUCCUGAUGGCCAAAAUACACUAUGUCCAGGGCUGUUACCGUGAUGCCCAGGGCAUGUGUGCAAGGGUGGGUAUAGACGAGCUGACGGGGGAUGAGCAGCCCCUCUACCACCUGCGUCUGCUCGCAGAGGCCUUUGUCAUCAAAGGUACCAAUCCUUUCAUAAGCAAAUACUGGGUGAUAUGGAAUAUGGAAAACACAUCAUGUUUGACCUGUGUGGUAUUUGGUUAUGGCAAUUUGUUUAGUAGACAGACUAAACAUUCUGUGUGACCUGAGAUUUUUACUUGAUUAUGACCUAUGCUAAAAUGGACAUUCAAUGCACAAAAUAAACAAAUGACCAUGGCCCGUGUUCAUCAAGCAUCUAUUCAUUAUAAUGCAAACGUCAAAACUGAUCCUAGAUCAACACUCCUACUCUGAGAUGCUAUUUGAAUACGAGCCCAGAGCUACAAAUUAUGAUUUCUAUCAGGUAUCCUCUGGUUUUAGUCUCCAUCUGUACAGUGUUAUGAUUACAUGGAGCUCAGAUAUGAUUUGCAUACUGGCACUACUCCCUCUCCGAUGAACUAGACAAAGAGAGAGCCAAAGCCUGCAGACUGGCACGUUUCCCUGAAAAACACUAAAGUUGAACAGCACUGUGCAUAACUGUGAUCUAAUGAUCUAGUUCCUAAUCCCCAUGGCAGGAGUUAUUAUAGGCCUGUGAUGACUAUAACCUUGUAUGGGUUUAGAAGUCGAAUGUAGAUCAGCUAAAUCUUUAUCUAAAGGCAUGAACAGACCAGUAGGAUUGUCGAGGGUCUGCCUGCCGAGAGUGCUUAGCACCUCUGAACAGAGUGCCAGCUGUAAUUUGCAAACCUUGUGCAAACCGAUUAUUCAUGUAGAAACGGACAAAAAUGAUGCCCACCAGCGGUGGUCCCUAUAACAGACGCACCGUCUGCAAACGAACAGCCCCCUACUGUACAGACCGACAAUCGGUCUGGUGAGUUUUCUCCUUUAGGCUGUGAAAGGAAGGAGGCAUUGACCAUGUGUUCUUUCUCAUUCAUUUAUAUGAGGGAGGUAUACUGUAGCUUGGCUAUAUACAUAGGGUACCAAUACCGAGUCGAUGUGGAGGGAUACGAGGAAAUUAGUUAAUUAACAAUACAAACAGUUGAAUCAGAAGUUACAUACCACUUAGGUUGAGUACUUAAAACUCGUUUUUAACCAUACACAAAUGUUUGUUAACAAAUUAGUUUUGGCAAGUCGGUUAGGACAUCUACUUGUUGCAUACACAGUUAAUGUUCCAACAAUUGUUUACAGACAGAUUUUACUUAUAAUUCACUGAAUCACAAUUCCAGUGAGUCAGAAGUUUACAUACACUAAGUUGACUGUGCCUUUAAACAGCUUGGGAAAUUCCUGAAAAUGAUGUCAUGGCUUUAGAAGCGUCUGAUAGGCUAAUUGACACCAUUUGAGUCACUUGGAGGUGUACCUGUGGAUGUAUUUCAAGGCCUACCUUCAAACUCAGUGCCUCUUUGCUUGACAUCAUGGGAAAAUCAAAAGAAAUCAGCCAAGACCUCAGAAAAAAAGGUGUAGACCUCCACAAGUCUGGUUCAUCCUUGGGAGCAAUUUCCAAAUGCCUGAAGGUACCACGUUCAUCUGUACAAACAAUAGUACACAAGUAUAAACACCAUGGGACCACGCAGCCGUCAUACCACUCAGGAAGGAGACGCGUUCUGUCUCCUAGAGAUGAACGUACUUUGGUGCGAAAAGUGCAAAUCAAUCCCAGAACAACAGCAAAGGACCUUGUGAAGAUGCUGGAGGAAACAGGUACAAAAGUAUCUAUAUCCACAGUAAAACGAGGCCAUAUAUCGACAUAACCUGAAAGGAAGAAACCACUGCUCCAAAACCGCCAUAAAAAAGACAGACUACGGUUUGCAACUGCACAUGGGGACAAAGAUCUUACUUUUUGGAGAAAUGUCCUCUGGUCUGAUGAAACAAAAAUAGAACUGUUUGGCCAUAAUGACCAUCGUUAUGUUUGGAGGAAAAAGGGGGACGCUUGCAAGCCGAAGAACACCAUCCCAACCGUGAAGCACGGGGGUGGCAGCAUCAUGCUGUGGGGGUGCUUUGCUCCAGGAGGGACUGGUGCACUUCACAAAAUAGAUGGCAUCAUGAGGAAGGAAAAUUAUGUGGAUAUAUUGAAGCAACAUCUCAAGACAUCAGUCAGGAAGUUAAAGCUUGGUCGCAAAUGGGUCUUCCAAAUGGACACUGACCCCAAGCAUACUUACAAAGUUGUGGCAAAAUGCCUUAAGGACAACAAAGUCAAGGUAUUGUAGUGGCCAUCAGAAAGCCCUGACCUCAAUCCUAUAGAACAUUUGUUGGCAGAACUGAAAAAGCGUGUGCAAGCAAGGAGACCUACAAACCUGACUCAGUUACACCAGCUCUGUCAGGAGGAAUGGGCCAAAAUUCACCCAACUUAUUGUGGGAAGCUUGUGGAAGGCUACCCGAAACGUUUGACCCAAGUUAAACAAUUUAAAGGCAAUGCCACCAAAUACUAAUUGAGUGUAUGUAAACUUCUGACCCACUGGGAAUGUGGAUAAAAAUAGAAUGUGAAAUAAAUAAAAGCUGAAAUAAAUCAUUCUCUCUACUAUUAUUCUGACAUUUCACAUUCUUAAAAUAAAGUGGUGAUCCUAACUGACCUAAGACAGGGAAUCUUUACUAGGAUUAAAUGUCAGGAAUUGUGAAAAACUGAGUUUAAAUGUAUUUGGUGUAUGUAAACUUCCGACUUCAACUGUAGUUAGGGGUAAAGUGACUAGGCAACAGGAUAGAUAAUGUUAUGUGUGUGUCUUUGUGUCUGUUUGUUCCGCAACCCAAAUCAGUUCCUGGUUUCAGCAGUGGUUACAAAUAAUAUGGGAGCCUAUUCAGAAUUUAGUCUAAGUAAUGCAAUAAAGCUGUCUCUAGGGCAGUGUUUACCAACUCCAGUCCUCGAGUACCCCCAACAGUAAAAACAAUUUUGUAGAGUCAGACAAGCACACCUGAUUCAACUUGUCAACUAAUCAUCAAGCCCUUGGCAGUGUUUCCCCAACUCGUUCCUCGCGACCCCAGGGGGUGCAUGUUUAGAUUUUUGCCCUAGCACUACACAGCUGAUUAAAAUAAUCAACUAAUCAUUAAGCGCACGCACACAGUGAAAAAGAGGGCAUUGUCCAUUGUCACACAGCACACUGCUGGUCCAUGUCUGGGUAAUUGUGUUUGAUAAGCAUCACUCAUCAUCAUCAUGAGAUUCAUUACAUUCAAGGAGUCAUUGCUUCCUGGCCAUUGACACAUUGACGUCAUCACAGGGUCUGCUGCUUAAAUUGAAGGGAAGAAUUCAUGAAGCAGCCUUGUUGAGGUCUAUCAUUUAAUAAACCAUAAUGGACUAUAAAUAAUGUUAGUAGAAUAAUACUAGAGUCAAGCCAAUAUGCUAAAAGGAAAGUGCUUAAGAGAGAGAAGAUCUAAUGGGAAUCACUCAACUAUGUAAAGGGUUUGACAUUGCAUAGUUUCUCAACGUCUUUCCAAAGUUUCCAUGAUAUUGUUUAGAGAAUGUUAUGCGAUAGGAAUAUUUGUUAGAUGAGGUCUUGUCUAUUGGCAGCUGCUCCUUAUUUGAUUAAGGCUGACAUCUGGUCUUAAAUGUUAUCCUCCCUACCGCCCUGCAGUCCUGGAGGUCUCCUCUCACUCUAUUUAUUCAUGCCAAUAACCUUGUUCCCCCUCCAGCCAUCUACUGACUGUCUCGAAAUGUCACAAUAGCAACAGUAUUAUUUGUUUUCAGUGUCAAAUGCAUCACCUAACUACAGAAAAAAAACGUUUCUGAUCUCCUUUCUUUCUUUCUUUCUUUCUUUCUUUCUUUCUUUCUUUCUUUCUUUCUUUCUUUCUUUCUUUCUUUCUUUCUUUCUUUCUUUCUUUCUUUCUUUCUUUCUUUCUUUCUUUCUUUCUUUCUUUCUUUCUUUCUUUCUUUCUUUCUUUCCUCAUUCUCUCUCUCACUCUCUCGCUGUCUGUCUCUUUUUCUCUCUCUCUCUAUCUCUCCCUCUCUCCCAGGUCUGUCCCUGGACCACCAGGCAGUGUCAGCUGCCUCCCGUGUCCGUCUGUCUGAGAGAGAGGAGGAAUGUCUUUCCUGCUACCUGAGGGCCUGUGACACCGCUCUCGUUUACCUGCAAGAGCUCGAUAAGGUGUGUGUGUCUGUGUGUGUGUGUUUUUGCUGGUUAUUUCUACCCACAUUUUCAGAUAAUACUUGUUAUUUCAUGAUGAAAAGCAGCACAAAACUACUUUUUUACCAAUUUAAGUUUUUACUGUUGUGUUGGCAGACGGUGGUCACCCCUAGUUCUAAAGCAGCUAAGACCAGUUUGGCCCCUCCACCACUGGACAUUGACCUGGGCUUCUUCCAGCAGGCGGCUCUACAGAGUGCAUACCUGUGUCUGCUGCAUAGGGGGUGAGUCAAUGGCCCAGUAGAGCAGUCAAAGAUGGUGGAGGCUUCGCCUCUCUCUGGAGCAGUGCAUUAUAAUUUCAGCAACAGCGAGUGGCACUUUUAUUUUUGACCAGUAGGUGUCAAUAUUGCACCUCAGAUAGGACAGAGUUAUUGCUUGUAGUGGCAUGAUUGAGCAACACUCAUUUAUACUUAUAUGGAACAGCAUGCUGUGCUGCUGGCACUGAAUAACAAAGCCCUAAGCUCUGAACAAAGCCCUAAGCUUUUCAUGUUAUCUGUGUUGUCCUAAUCAGCUACAUAUUCUGUUAGCAUCAUUCUCACUUUGUGAGGCCUUUGUCACUGACAGCUCAGCUGUUUGACUUGUUUCAUUGACGUGUCUGUCUGUCCGUCUGUGUGUGUGUGUCUGUCUGCCUGUCUGUGUAUUUGUCUGGCCGUCUGUCCAUCUCUCUGUCUUGUCUGUCUGUCCAUCUGUCUGUCUGUCUGCCUGUCUGUCAGGCACCUGGCCCAGGGAGCCCAUCAGCUGCGCAGGGUCCUCAGGGUGGUGGAGUCUCGGGGCUCCCAGACUUUCAGAAAGGUGAGGAGGGCUCAUAUUGUCACAUAGCUAGCAGGAUGAGUCACUGACUGUCUAUAUGUAUUUUAUGUUUACGACAACGUGACUUGACUAAGUCAGGAAACAGUCCUGGCCCUAGUUAUAUCCUAGUUAUGUUUUGUGGCAUUAUGGUAUGUUAAAUGUGUCUCAUAGGCUGCAGCGCGGAAGCUGGCUGAGGUGUUGCUGAGCUCGGUGAGUGAGGACAGCUACUGGGCCCCCAUGUCUCUCCCACCCUCCGCCUGGCUGCAGAGAGAAGGGAACGCCGGCCCAAAGGAUGCCAUGUACCCCUCUUCCAAACCACCCCAACGCUACAGUACUGACAGGUCUAUACCUCUCCUCUCUACCUCUUUCCUUCCUUCCUUCCUCUCUCUCUCUCCCUCCCUUUCUCUCCCCUCUCUUUCUUUUCUAUUCAUGUGUAGUUCCAUGAAUCCACUGAUAUUACUCAAUCCCCAUUCAACAUUAGCACUGGCUUGAGAGAUCAGCUCACAUUCCCCUACAGUGAGUUGUGUGUGAUCCUACUGAACCAUUGAGCUUAAAUAGCCCCAGAGCAUCAAUAAGGUCUAAAACAGACCUCCCUUGACACCCAGAUGUCCACUAUUCCAGUCAUACAAAACCCACACAUGGAACAUAACUUGAUCUCACCACAUUCUGACCUCGUAUUGGCUAGGAGCUGUGUGGCCAAGGCCUUUAUCCAUACUACUAUAGUGCUUGGCAAUCUACGGUAUACUUCAGCCACCUCUCGGGUUACUGUAUCACCGCCUGGUACUGGCAACUGCACCGCCCGCAACCGCAAGGCUCUCCAGAGGGUGGUGCUGUCUGACCAACGCAUUACCGGGGGCAAACUACCCCGCCCUCCAGGACACCUACAGCACCCGAUGUCACAGGAAAGACAAAAAGAUAAUCAAGGACAACAAACACCCGAGCCACUGCCUGUUCACCCCGCUAUCAUCCAGAAGGCGAGGUCAGUACAGGUGCAUCAAAGCUGGGACCGAGAGACUGAAAAACAGCUUCUAUCUCAAGACCAUCAGACUGUUAAACAGCCAUCACUAGAACAUUAGAGUCUGCUGCCUAUAGACAUAGACUAGAAAUCACUGGCCACUUUAAGAAAUGGAACACUAGCCACUUUAAUAAUGUUAACAUAUCUUGCAUUACUCAUCUCAUAUGUACAGUGGGGGAAAAAAAGUAUUUAGUCAGCCACCAAUUGUGCAAGUUCUCCCACUUAAAAAGAUGAGAGAGGCCUGUCAUUUUCAUCAUAGGUUAAAAGAAAUCCAGAAAAUCACAUUGUAGGAUUUGUAAUGACUUUAUUUGCAAAUUAUGGUGGAAAAUAAGUAUUUGGUCAAUAACAAAAGUUUCUCAAUACUUUGUUAUAUACCCUUUGUUGGCAAUGACACAGGUCAAACAUUUUCUGUAAGUCUUCACAAGGUUUUCACACACUGUUGCUGGUAUUUUGGCCCAUUCCUCCAUGCAGAUCUCCUCUAGAGCAGUGAUGUAGUGGGGCUUUCGCUGGGCAACACAGACUUUCAACUCCCUCCAAAGAUGUUCUAUGGGGUUGAGAUCUGGAGACUGGCUAGGCCACUCCAGGACCUUGAAAUGCUUCUUACGAAGCCACUCCUUCGUUGCCCGGGCGGUGUGUUUGGGAUCAUUGUCAUGCUGAAAGACCCAGCCACGUUUCAUCUUCAAUGCCCUUGCUGAUGGAAGGAGGUUUUCACUCAAAAUCUCACGAUACAUGGCCCUCAUUCAUUCUUUCCUUUACACGGAUCAGUCGUCCUGGUCCCUUUGCAGAAAAACAGCCCCAAAGCAUGAUGUUUCCACCCCCAUGCUUCACAGUAGGUAUGGUGUUCUUUGGAUGCAACUCAGCAUUCUUUGUCCUCCAAACACGACGAGUUGAGUUUUUACCAAAAAGUUCUAUUUUGGUUUCAUCUGACCAUAUGACAUUCUCCCAAUCCUCUUCUGGAUCAUCCAAAUGCACUCUAGCAAACUUCAGACGGGCCUGGACAUGUACUGGCUUAAGCAGGGGGACACGUCUGGCACUGCAGGAUUUGAGUCCCUGGCGGCGUAGUGUGUUACUGAUGGUAGGCUUUGUUACUUUGGUCCCAGCUCUCUGCAGGUCAUUCACUAGGUCCCCCCGUGUGGUUCUGGGAUUUUUGCUCACCGUUCUUGUGAUCAUUUUGACCCCACGGGGUGAGAUCUUGCGUGGAGCCCCAGAUCGAGGGAGAUUAUCAGUGGUCUUGUAUGUCUUCCAUUUCCUAAUAAUUGCUCCCACAGUUGAUUUCUUCAAACCAAGCUGCUUACCUAUUGCAGAUUCAGUCUUCCCAGCCUGGUGCAGGUCUACAAUUUUGUUUGUCCUUUGACAGCUCUUUGGUCUUGGCCAUAGUGGAGUUUGGAGUGUGACUGUUUGAGGUUGUGGACAGGUGUCUUUUAUACUGAUAACAAGUUCAAACAGGUGCCAUUAAUACAGGUAACGAGUGGAGGACAGAGGAGCCUCUUAAAGAAGAAGUUACAGGUCUGUGAGAGCCAGAAAUCUUGCUUGUUUGUAGGUGACCAAAUACUUAUUUUCCACCAUAAUUUGUAAAUACAUUUAUUAAAAAUCCUACAAUGUGAUUUUCUGGAUUUUUUUCUUCUCAAUUUGUCUGUCAUAGUUGACGUGUACCUAUGAUGAAAAUUACAGGCCUCUCUCAUCUUUUUAAGUGGGAGAACUUGCACAAUUGGUGGCUGACUAAAUACUUUUUUCCCCCACUGUAUAUACUGUAUUCUAUACUAUCCUACUGUAUCUUAGUCCAUGCUGCUCUGACAUCGCUCGUCCAUAUAUGUAUAUAUUCUUAAUUCAUUCCUUACUUAGAUUUGUGUGUAUUGGUUAUAUGUUGUGAAAUUGUUAGAUAUUACUUGUUAGAUAUUACUGCACUGUCGGAGCUAGAAGCACAAGCAUUUCGCUACACCCGCAAUAACAUCAGCAAAACACGUGUAUGUGACAAAUAACAUUUGAUUUGAUUUGAUUUGUAGAAGAAGACAUACUGUGCAUUGCAUUCACACUUCCAUUGCCUUCCUUUUCCCCAAGGCUCCAAGAUGUCGUACUGAGACCUUUGUGCCAUUUCUAUUCAGCUAAAUCUCCCAUGCAGAUUGUGGACUCAUGUUGCCUUUGGUCGAACUUUAAAGGCUUUGUCAUGGACUUACCUUUGGCUGUUCCACCAUAUCUACUAUCUACUAUAGGAUCUUAUUGGUAUGAACUAUACUCAGAGGAGAUCAAGCGCUACACCCCAGGCAACAUGCAUGAGUGAGAACACCUGAACAUAAAUGGAGAAUGCACGCAGGGAAGUCAAUUACAGAUUCAUUGUCAUGGGUUACUUGUUUAGAAGUGCCCUGAUAGUAUCUUGUAAUUAUAUCUUUAGUUGGUACGUCAUGGGCUCAGUCAGAGGGCAGUUAAGACGAGCACAUGUACAAACGUGUACACACGUGCGUGCAUGUACGUGCGCACACAUUUGUGCAUGUACGAGUGUGUGCGCGUGAGAGACACCUGAGAGAGUGGCGUACUGAGAUACUGUAGGGGUGGUCGGAGGGUUGUGUUACAUCACCACAGCAGGUGAAGUAGGAAGGCGUGGGGCAGUUGCGUGACGUGUCACUUCCUGUGCCUAUUUCCUGUGUCUCCCCGCAGCGUCUUCUGUCCCCAGGACGUGGUUGAGGAGGCCGUGCUCCUGCUGCUCAUCACAGAAUCCACGGUGAGACAGCCCUCCUUCCCUCCCUCUCGCGCUCUCUCUGUCUCCCUCUCUCUCUCGCUCACAAAUGUGUGUGUGCGCACGUACGUGCACACGUAUGCACACACGUGUGUAGACGUUUGUACAUGUGCGUGUGCCUGCAUGUGAGAGAUACCUGAGAGAGCCACCUUCCUUGGUUCCUCUCCUUUUUCUCUUGCACCUUUCCCAUUCCUCCCAUCCAUCACUUUGAAGUACAGUAUCUCUCUCUCUUCCUCCCUCUCUCUUUCCCCCCCUGAGUCUAUAUCUAUUACCGAAAUUGAUAUGCUUACUUUGACAUUUGUUGAUUGGUCAUUCUUGUGGAUAUUCUUGUGCCCUCCCCUUCAUCUACAAUGUACAGUAUGUCGAUUCUACGUUGAUCUCAAAACAUCUUGACAGGAGUUAGGCUGGCUUUUAGUUGUCCUGUCAAUACAGGUGAAGACAGCUAUGUGAUCUCCCCCUAUAGGCCAGCGGAGACGCAGUCAUCAGCCGAGCGCCCGACCAUAAGGAGGAGCGGGAGACCAGUCUGCAGGACGCCACCUCUGUCUACGACCUGCUGAGCAUCGGCAUGGCCAGGAGGGGGCAGUAUGCCAUGCUGUCUGAGGUAAGCCUGCCUCAAAAACACUGGAGGCCAAAGUACUUCAACCUAACUAGCUACACUGUGUGAAGGGAAAGCUUUGCCUUUGACAACUUUUUAAUGCCCUUGUUGUGUCGUAAGCAGGGUUAGGGACUCUCUCGCUCUUUCUCUCAGAGAAUCUCUCUCUCUCUCUCUCUCUCUCUCUCUCUCUCUCUCUCUCUCUCUCUCUCUCUCUCUCUCUCUCUCUCUCUCUCUCACCCAGUGUUCUCUCUCUUUACAUUCAGGUUGGCAGCAUUUUUCUCCAGGUGAAUGAGAGUGAGCACUGCCUCACUAGGCCAAACAGGUGAACCCUCUCACGGGUGGGGCCAUGCAGGGUAUUACUAGGCUUGCUAACAAUAAGUGGCUGGUUAUGUCUGUCUGCCUGACUAACAUCGUUCCUCUCAUAGGUGUCAUGGCGUGGGCCACUAGUUAGAGCUCUUCAAAUUAACAUCUAACCCUCAACCUUCAACCUCACUCUCCUUCAACAACGUGUGUUGAUAUAUAAAAUGCAUCUGUGUGUGUGGGUACGUGUGCAUGCGUGUGUGUGUGUGUGCAUGUAUGUGUUUCCUCCAGUGUCUGGAGCGGGCCAUGAAGUUCUCGUUUAAUGAGUUCCACCUCUGGCACCAGUUGGGCUUGUCACUCAUGGCGUGUGGGAAGGUGAGCUCAUCAUCAUAUCUUUUCACACACUCCCCCACACAUGUAUGCACUCGCGCACACACACACACUAUCCUACUCUAAUCUGGCACUACUACCUGCUCGCAAGCAUAUGUAAUCACUCAUCCUCUAAAUAUUGCUGUGAGGUUGUGUGUACGUUAGUCAGUAGAAUGCAUGAACCAGAAUGACUGAGUGAUAACGAGAGAUGAGUAGUGUGACUGGAAUCCUCCGAUUGAAACAGGAGAAUUGAUCUGCUCCCUUGCCUGGCUGCCUGCAGGAUGAGGUGACACUGCAGAUCAAUGGAGAACUCUGGAAAUAGGCUGCUCCCUAUAAGGAUGGGGGGGCCGCCUCAGUGUCGUCAGAUCUGCUUCUAUUUAGGGCCAGCCGUGUGUGUGAGAGAGCGAGUGUGUGUAGUGCAUUGUUGAAUGACCUGUAUGACUCCCUUUCUUUGUCAUUCUAUAUGGAAGGUACAUAUGUGUGUGAUAUAUACUCAUGGGAUCUAUCACUAGACUAGUUUGUCUCUGUAACUACAGUAUGAGAGUGUGCAUAAGCAUGAGUGUAUGUGUGUGUGAUGACCUUUCUCGAUGUGUCAGUGACCGUGUGUGUGUGUCUGUGUGUUUUACAGGGUGUGGGCGCCGUGUCUGUGCUCAAGGAGUGUGUCAGGAUGAGACCCGAGGACCCCUCACUGCCCAUGUUGGCCGCCAAGGUCUGCAUCGGCCAACUGCACUGGGUGAAUGACACACACACUCUAUUUCACAAUACCUUUACACUACAUACCGUGCUUACCAUCCAUACGGGUCACCAUCCAGAAUCGCUGCACCCAUUAUUAAAUAAUAGCGCUCCACACAAACACCCCCCUCCACCACCCCACCACUGUGAUAACCAGCCCAGCACUGCCAGUCCUGUUGUUUAUCCAGGAGGGGGGUAGUGUAGGAUUAGGAGACGCAUGGUGGCAUGGCACAUCUGUCAGAGAGACUAAAGAGCUUACAGCCUUAAUCACAAUAAGACACUAUGGGACCAAAGAGCAACAAAUGACACACAUCUUGACCCUUUCACCGACCAUGGAACUACACAUUUGCACUAUAAAGUCUGGGACUUUGGGACUUUGGGACUAGAGUCAUUCGUAGGAGUGGAGUCCCCAAAUAGGGAUUCCUGAUAGUCCGACUGGGGAAUGUUAUUUUUUAUAGUUGAAAUAAAUAGAUAUGAUUUUGUUGCAUUAUUUGAUUGUAAAAAUUACAUUUAGGGAAUUUUCUAAGGGAAAAUAUUUGUUUUGGGAAUUUUACAAAUUCUUUCAAUAUUAUUACACUGAACAAAAAUAUAAACGCAACAUGCAACAAUCUCACAGAUUUUACUGAGUUACAGUUCAUAUAAGGAAAUCAGUCAGUUGAAAUAAAUAAAUUAGGCCCUAAUCUAUGGAUUUCACAUGACUAGAAUCUGUUGGUCACAGAUACCUUAAAAAAAGGUAGGGACGUGGAUCAGAAAACCAGUCUGUAUCUGGUGUGACCACCAUUUGCCUCAUGCAGCGCGACACAUCUCCUUCACAUAGAGUUGAUCAGGCUGUUGAUUGUGGCCUAUGGAAUGUUGUCCCACUCCUCUUCAAUUGCUGUGCGAAGUUGCUGGAUAUUGGCGGGAACUGGAACACACUGUCGUACACAUCGAUCCAGAGCAUCCCAAACAUGCUCAAUGGGUGACAAGUCUGGUGAGUAUGCAGGCCAUGGAAGAACUGGGACAUUUUCAGCUUCCAGAAAUUGUGUACAGAUCCUUGCAACAUGGGGCCGGGCAUUACCAUGCUGAAACGUGAGGUGGUGGUGGCGGACAAUGGGCCUCAGGAUCUCGUCACGGUAUCUCUGUGCAUUCAAAUUGCCAUCGAUAAAAUACAAUUGUGUUCGUUGUACAAUAACCCCCUCGCCACCAUAGGGUUCAAUGUUCACAACAUUGACAUCAGCAAACCGCUCGCCCACACGACGCCAUACGUCUGCCAUCUGCCCGGUACAGUUGAAACUGGGAUUUAUCUGUGAAGAGCACACUUCUCCAGUGUGCCAGUGGCCAUCGAAGGUGAGCAUUUGCCCAAUGAAGUCGGUUACGAUGCCAAACUGCAGUCAGGUCAAGACCCUGUUGAGGACGACAAGCACGCAGAUGAGCUUCCUGAGACGGUUUCUGACAGUUUGUGCAGAAAUUCCUCAGUUGUGCAAAUCCACAGUAGCUGUCCAGGUGGCUGGUCUCAGGCGGUCCCGCAGGUGGAGGUGCUGGGCUGGCGUGGUUACACGUGGUCUGCGUUUGUGAGGCCAUUUUCAAAUGAAUCGUUUUCCAUAUCUUACAAAUGUUUGUAUUGAACUUGUAUUUUUAGAGGCAAAAAUAUGUCUGUUUUGAGUAUCUGCUGUCAACUCCGUCAGUGGCUUGUCAACUCCGUCAUUGAUGGCUAACCCCCUUAAGAUAUUUUUUUUAUAUUCAGAAAACAAUAUCUUCAUCACUGUUCUACAACAUACAGUAUGCUUAAACUAUUGAAGUAUUUGCUUUGCUAGACCUAAGGCUUAAUCUUUGCUUUAUAAAUGUUGUUUUAUAUUCUAAAUCUAGAAAAACAUGCUAAAAUGCUAACGAAAUAACCCCUGGAGCAUUUAAUAGUGCUAUAAAACAAAACAAAAAGAAGUUUGGAGAUUUGUAUUACAUAUUUGAAUAAUCUUAUGUUAGAAUUUAACAAAACAUUUUUGUUCUUCAUCACUGGAAAAGAUAAACAAACUGUUGAGAUUGACAUCAUUUAAAAGCUUACAAACAGGGUUGUCAAACUACUUUAAACAUUUCUUGAAAAGAAACGUAAAAAAACGUUAAACGUUAUCUAAAAACGCAUGAACUCCGAUUUAUUUCAUAUUCGCAUAUGUUGUAGCUUAGACCCUAUUUUACAUGAUCUGAGUUUUUUGUGUUGUGCCCACCAUCGGUAGAGACACAACAUGCUCUUGAAUACAGGAGCACUUUUAUCUACUACAUGUUUCGGCAUUUCCAUGGGCAAAUAUGUUUUGUUUAAAUCAAAAUGGAUACUGUCAAAAAGGAACUACAUUCAAAUGCAUAUACCCCAUAAUAACAUAAUGGCUCUCUUUCUUUCUAUUGUAUGGAACUUUGUUGAUACCGUCCGUAUUCAGAGAAAGAGAGGGAUAGAGAAAGAGGAGGAGGAGGAUGAGGGAGGGGAGAGAUAGAAAGAGAGAGUAAAGGGCUUAUGGUACAGGAGUAAGGCAGGGGAGGGGGGAUAGUCAUGGAUAGUCUAAGCAGCUGUCCUGCUGUUCUGCUGGCACCGUGUCAAAGGCAUGUCACCGACCCCUCCCCAUACCUCACACUGAGUGACACACUUUUACCUCAUCCCAGCUCAUCCACACUGACUGCAGUCUGGCGCUGUUUGACGGGGGACUCUAGUGCGCUGUUCUUCACCUGAAUCUACAGUGUCCUUAAACUAACCACACACUGCCCACGAUACUGCCCUUCAGACUAUACAAACGCACUAUACUAUACAAAUACAAAAGCUCACUAAACAAGACAAUCCAAACCAACUGAACAUGCCUUUAAACACUUGAGCUCACAGUUGAGCUCACAAGGUUACAUACUAAGUACUUCAGCAGACUAAACACUGUACUUCUAGGGACCCAUACCACAUCUGUCUGUUAUCUUUGUGUGUAUCUGUGUGUGAUAGCUGGAGGAGGCUGAGGCCCUGUCUCAGAGUGUGGUGUCCAUGGGAGAGGAGGCUGCAGAGUUUCUGCCCCGUGCGUACCUGACUGUGGGGCUGUGCUGCAGUCUGCAGGCCUCUGAUGGUAAGAGACACCACUAUGAGCUGCUGUAGAGGCAGGAUUGGUUUCCUGUAACAAACAGUGUCCCUUGUCCAGAUACAGCGGGAAUCCACCACUUAGAGAACCCACUAAACUCACUUGUCCUGAUAGUCCAUACUUCCUUCUUCAUUUGCCUUCCCCAUCACCUGUGCAGUAUUUAAUUCAGAGGUGAAUUGUGUAUGAAUGAAUAUGAGUUGUUACUCACAAAGGGUGACAUAAUAUUUUCAGGAUGCAAAAGACUGUAGUGCUGUGCGAAAAAUACCGUAAACCUCAUUAUAAUCUACCGUGAAAAUGUUGCCCAAAAUGUAUUGUUUUCCAUUGAUGGAUUUGUCCAUCUGUACCUAAUCUCUCUCCAGCAACUCUGAAAGUUGAUCGGGAUGGGUUCAACAGACGAGCACUGCAAAAUCUGCAUAAGUACGUACCAACCUCUCUCUGUCAGUCUAAGUAAGUAGCCUUGCCAUGAGGCUUGGCUUGUGCAAGUCAAAACGGCUCAUAGGAGCAGGUCUCCUGUUUCUGUAGCGUUAGGCAGCUUUAUGUACAAGUACACCCCCUGGACAGGACGCUAGUCUAUCGCAGGGCCUUACCCCGAAUCUAUCUCCUUAAUGCUGAGUGCCAAGCAUCGGGUCCCAUUUUUACAGUCUUUUGUAUGACUCAGCCAGGGAUCGAACUCCCAACCUUCCAAUCUCAGGGUGGACAAUCUAACCACAAGGCCACUCUGUCAGUCUAGGUUGAUCUUAACCUGUGUGUUUGUUUUUAUAGUUAGCAUACACUACAGUUUGUGUGUUAUUCUGUCAGUGAGUGUGACCUCUCUCCUCUGAAGAGCCCAUGCACUGGACCCCCAUGACGCUAAGAUUGCUCUCUACCUGUCUCUCCAGCUGGCUCUUGUACGCCAGGUCAGUCAGCACUGCCACACACACAUGUACUGUAGUACACACACACACACCAUUACGGCUCAUCUUAGUGCUUCUCCAUCUUGGAUCUUCUGCCUCUCUUGUCCUUCGGUUUCUCCUCUCCCCAUUCACUGUGGGUAUGUGUGUUUGUGCAGGUGGCAGCUGCCAUGGAUCCCCUGCAGGUGGCUCUGUCUCUGUGUGGGGACGACCUACACUCCCUCCACCUACUGACCCUUCUGCUUAGCGCCCAGAAACACCACCAACACGCCCUCGAAACCCUCACACUUGCGCUCAGCCAUCACCCUGAGAACUUCAAGUAGGACACCACUCUCCUGUAUUAUGUAACUGUGUGUGUGUGUGUGUGUUUGUGUGUGUGUCUGUGUAUAAGACUAACUCCGGUGUGUGUCACCCAGCCCCAGACCUCUGUAUGGGGAUAGGGUGUCUCAGCUCCUCACCAGAGACACACACACUCAACUGAAGGCCUUAUUUAGAUGUGCCAGACCGGUCUUCUGCACUGCGCUACGGAGACUACCCUCACACACCCUUACCCUUUUCACACUGCCGCACUGACCCCAACUCUACCAUGUAGGUUGGAGUUGCAGUACUCCCUCUCCCUUUGAGAAGCAGACAACAUUAUGCAGUAAUGAAAAAACACAGACACACUGCAUUAUGCUCAUUAGUCAACCAUGCAAUUGGCCCGUGCCUCAGUGUUGCCUUGCUAUAAGAAGAAUAUGCAUAUUUGAUAGCCACAUGCUAUUUAUAUUAUUUCGCAGUGCCACCUCACCCUAGUGUCUGCAAUAAUGAUCUAAUACACAUGUUCUUCACAGCACGACCAUUUGGGGUCAGUGUUGGUCUCUAUGGUGUCAGAGGCAGAGAGGGGUACGGCAAAAAUAGAUAGCAGUAAAUGAACGUGAUAUAGCGACAGGGAAAUAAAGAGAUAUGGAGUCGGAGAAGAACAGAGUGAAUCAAACAUGGUUACAUUUACAGUAGCUUCCGAAAGUAUUCACCCCCUUGGCAUUUUUCCUAUUUUGUUGCCUUACAACCUGGAAUUAAAAUUGUUUUUUGGGGGGGUUGUAUCAUUUGAUUUACACAACAUGCCUACCACUUUGAAAAUGGCCAAAUAUUUUUUAUUGUGAAACAAACAAGAAAUAAGACAAAAAAAACAGAACUUGAGCGUGCAUAACUAUUCCCAAAGUCAAUACUUGGUAGAGCCACCUUUUGCAGCAAUUACAGCUGCAAGUCUCUUGGGGUAUGUCUCUAUAGGCUUGGCACAUCUAGCCACUGGGAUUUUUGCCCAUUCUUCAAGGCAAAACUGCUCCAGCUCUUUCAAGCUGGAUGGGUUCCGCUGGUGUACAGCAAUCUUUAAGUCAUUCCACAGAUUCUCAAUUGGAUUGAGGUCUGGGAUUUGACUAGGCCAUUCCAAGACAUUUAAAUGUUUCCCUUUAAACCACUCAAGUGUUGCUUUAGCAGUAUGCUUAGGGUCAUUGUCCUGCUGGAAGGUGAACCUCCGUCCCAGUCUCAAAACUCUGGAAGACUGAAACAGGUUUCCCUCAAGAAUUUUCUUGUAUUUAGCGCCAUCCAUCAUUCCUUCAAUUCUGACCAGUUUCUCAGUCCCUGCCGAUGAAAAACAUCCCACAGCAUGAUGCUGCCACCACCAUGCUUCACUGUGGGAUGGUGUUCUCGGGUUGAUGAGAGGUGGUGGGUUUGCGCCAGACAUAGUGUUUUCCUUGAUGGCCAAAAAGCUCAAUUUUAGUCUAAUCUGACCAGAGUACCUUAUUCCAUAUGUUUGGGGAGUCUCCCACAUUCCUUUUGGCGAACACCAAACGUGUUUGCUUAUUUCUUUCUUUAAGCAAUGGCUUUUUUCUGGCCACUCUUCCAUCAAGCCCAGCUCUGUGGAGUGUACGGCUUAAAGUGGUCCUAUGGACAGAUACUCCGCUCACCGCUGUGGAGCUUUGCAGCUCCUUCAGGGUUAUCUUUGGUCUCUUUGUAGCCUCUCUGAUUAAUGCCCUCCUUGCCUGGUCCGUGAGUUGUGGUGGGAUAUUUUUUUAUAACCCUACUCUGUUCUUCUCCACAACUUUGUCCCUGACCUGUUUGGAGUGCUCCUUGGUCUUCAUGGUGCCGCUUGCUUGGUGGUGCCCCUUGCUUAGUGGUGUUGCAGACUCUGGGGCCUUUCAGAACAGGUGUAUACAGUUGAAGUCGGAAGUUUACACACACCUUAGCCAAAUACAUUUAAACUCAAUUUUUCACAAUUCCUGACAUUUAAUCCUAGUACAAAUUCCCUGUUUUAGGUCAGUUAGGAUCACCACUUUAUUUUAAGAAUGUGACAUUUCUGAAUAAUAGUAGAGAGAAUGAUUUAUUUCAGCUUUUAUUUCUUUCAUCACAUUCCCAGUUGGUCAGAAGUUUACAUACACUCAAUUAGUAUUUGGUAGCAUUGCCUUUAAAUUGUUUAACUUGGGUCAAAUGUUUUGGGUAGCCUUCCACAAGCUUCCCACUAUAAAUUGGGUGAAUUUUGGCCCAUUCCUCCUGACAUAGCUGGUGUAACUGAGUCAGGUUUGUAGGCCUCCUUGCUCGCACAUGCUUUUUCAGUUCUGCCCACACAUUUUCUAUAGGAUUGAGGUCAGGGCUUUGUGAUGGCCACUCCAAUACCUUGACUUUGUUGUCCUUAAGUCAUUUUGCCACAACUUUGGAAGUGUGCUUGGGGUCAUUGUCCAUUUGGAAGACCCAUGUGCGACCAAGCUUUAACUUCCUGACUGAUGUCUUGAGAUGUUGCUUCAAUAUAUCCACAUAAUUUUCCUUCCUCAUAAUGCCAUCUAUUUUGUGAAGUGCAUCAGUCCCUCCUGCAGCAAAGCACCCCCACAGCAUGAUGCUGCCAUCCCGUGCUUCACAGUUGGGAUGGUGUUCUUCGGGUUGCAAGCACCCCCCUUUUUCCUUUAAACAUAACAAUGGUCAUUAUGGCCAAACAGUUCUAUUUUUGUUUUAUCAGACCAGAGGACAUUUCUCCAAAAAGUACGAUCUUUGUCCCCAUGUGCAGUUGUAAACCGUAGUCUGGCUUUUUUAUGGCGGUUUUGGAGCAGUGGCUUCUUCCUUGCUGAGCGGCCUUUCAGGUUAUGUCGAUAUAGGACUCGUUUUACUGUGGAUAUAGAUACUUUUGUACCUGUUUUCCUCCAGCAUCUUCACAAGGUCCUUUGCUAUUGUUCUGGGAUUGAUUUGCACUUUUCGCACCACAGUACGUUCAUCUCUAGGAGACAGAACGCGUCUCCUUCCUGAGCGGAAUGACGGCUGCGUGGUCCCCAUGGUGUUUAUACUUACGUACUAUUGUUUGUACAGAUGAACUUGGUAACUUCAGGCGUUUGGAAAUUGCUCCCAAGGAUGAACCAGACUUGUGGAGGUCUACAAUUUUUUUUCUGAGGUCUUGGCUGAUUUCUUUUGAUUUUCCCAUGAUAUCAAGCAAAGAUGCACUGAGUUUGAAGGUAGGCCUUGAAAUACAGUGGGGAGAACAAGUAUUUGAUACACUGCCGAUUUUGCAGGUUUUCCUACUUACAAAGCAUGCAGAGGUCUGUAAUUUUUAUCAUAGGUACACUUCACUGUGAGAGAUCCAGAAAAUCACAUUGUAUGAUUUUUAAGUAAUUAAUUUGCAUUUUAUUGCAUGACAUAAGUAUUUGAUACAUCAGAAAAGCAGAACAUAAUAUUUGGUACAGAAACCUUUGUUUGCAAUUACAGAGAUCAUACGUUUCCUGUAGGUCUUGACCAGGUUUGCACACACUGCACAGGGAUUUUGGCCCACUCCUCCAUACAGACCUUCUCCAGAUCCUUCAGGUUUCGGGGCUGUCGCUGGGCAAUACGGACUUUCAGCUCCCUCCAAAGAUUUUCUAUUGGGUUCAGGUCUGGAGACUGGCUAGGCCACUCCAGGACCUUGAGAUGCUUCUUACGGAGCCACUCCCUAGUUGCCCUGGCUGUGUGUUUCGGGUCGUUGUCAUGCUGGAAGACCCAGCCACGACCCAUCUUCAAUGCUCUUACUGAGGGAAGGAGGUUGUUGGCCAAGAUCUUGCGAUACAUGGCCCCAUCCAUCCUCCCCUCAAUACGGUGCAGUCGUCCUGUCCCCUUUGCAGAAAAGCAUCCCCAAAGAAUGAUGUUUCCACCUCCAUGCUUCACGUUGGGAUGGUGUUCUUGGGGUUGUACUCAUCCUUCUUCUUCCUCCAAACACGGCGAGUAGAGUUUAAAAGCCAAAAAGCUCUAUUUUUGUCUCAUCAGACCACAUGACCUUCUCCCAUUCCUCCUCUGGAUCAUCCAGAUGGUCCAUUGGCAAACUUCAGACGGGCCUGGACAUGCGCUGGCUUGAGCAGGGGGCCCUUGCGUGCGCUGCAGGAUUUUAAUCCAUGACGGCGUAGUGUGUUACUAAUGGUUUUUCUUUGAGACUGUGGUCCCAGCUCUCUUCAGGUCAUUGACCAGGUCCUGCCGUGUAGCUCUGGGGCUGAUCCCUCACCUUCCUCAUGAUCAUUGAUGCCCCACAAGGUGAGAUCUUGCAUGGAGCCCCAGACCGAGGGUGAUUGACCGUCAUCUUGAACUUCUUCCCAUUUUCUAAUAAUUGCGCCAACAGUUUGUUGCCUUCUCACCAAGCUGCUUGCCUAUUGUCCUUGUAGCCCAUCCCAGCCUUGUGCCAGGUCUACAAUUUUAUCCCUGAUGUCCUUACACAGCUCUCUGGUCUUGACCAUUGUGGAGAGGUUGGAGUCUGUUUGAUUGCGUGUGUGGACAGGUGUCUUUUAUACAGGUAACGAGUUCAAACAGGUGCAGUUAAUACAGGUAAUGAGUGGAGAACAGGAGGGCUUCUUAAAGAAAAACUAACAGGUCUGUGAGAGCCGGAAUUCUUACUGGUUGGUAGGUGAUCAAAUACUUAUGUCAUGCAAUAAAAUGCAAAUUAAUUACUUAAAAAUCAUACAAUGUGAUUUUCUGUAUUUUUGUUUUAGAUUCCGUCUCUCACAGUUGAAGUGUACCUAUGAUAAAAAUUACAGACCUCUACAUGCUUUGUAAGUAGGAAAACCUGCAAAAUCGGCAGUGUAUCAAAUACUUGUUCUCCCCACUGUAUAUAUAUAUAUAUGUGUGUAUAUAUGUAGAUGUCUAUAUAUAUGUACAGUGGGGGAAAAAAGUAUUUAGUCAGCCACCAAUUGUGCAAGUUCUCCCACUGAAAAAGAUGAAAGAGGCCUGUAAUUUUCAUCAUAGGUACACGUCAACUAUGACAGACAAAAUUAGGAAAACAAUUCCAGAAAAUCACAUUGUAGGAUUUGUUAUGAAUUUAUUUGCAAAUUAUGGUGGAAAAUAAGUAUUUGGUCAAUAACAAAAGUUUCUCAAUACUUUGUUAUAUACCCUUUGUUGGCAAUGACACAGGUCAAACGUUUUCUGUAAGUCUUCACAAGGUUUUCACACACUGUUGCUGGUAUUUUGGCCCAUUCCUCCAUGCAGAUCUCCUCUAGAGCAGUGAUGUUUUGGGGCUGUCGCUGGGCAACACAGACUUUCAACUCCCUCCAAAGAUUUUCUAUGGGGUUGAGAUCUGGAGACUGGCUAGGCCACUCCAGGACUUAAAAUGGUUCUUACAAAGCCACUCCUUCGUUGCCCGGGCGGUGUGUUUGGGAUCAUUGUCAUGCUGAAAGACCCAGCCACGUUUCAUCUUCAAUGCCCUUGCUGAUGGAAGGAGGUUUUCACUCAAAAUCUCACGAUACAUGGCCCCAUUCAUUCAUUCCUUUACACGGAUCAGUCAUCCUGGUCCCUUUGCAGAAAAACAGCCCCAAAGCAUGAUGUUUCCACCCCCAUGCUUCACAGUAGGUAUCGUGUUCUUUGGAUGCAACUCAGCAUUCUUUGUCCUCCAAACACGACGAGUUGAGUUUUUACCAAAAAGUCCUAUUUUGGUUUCAUCUGACCAUAUGACAUUCUCCCAAUCCUCUUCUGGAUCAUCCAAAUGCACUCUAGCAAACUUCAGACGGGCCUGGACAUGUACUGGCUUAAGCAGGGGGACACGUCUGGCACUGCAGGAUUUGAGUCCCUGGCGGCGUAGUGUGUUACUGAUGGUAGGCUUUGUUACUUUGGUCCCAGCUCUCUGCAGGUCAUUCACUAGGUCCCCCCGUGUGGUUCUGGGAUUUUUGCUCACCGUUCUUGUGAUCAUUUUGACCCCACGGGGUGAGAUCUUGCGUGGAGCCCCAGAUCGAGGGAGAUUAUCAGUGGUCUUUUAUGUCUUCCAUUUCCUAAUAAUUGCUCCCACAGUUGAUUUCUUCAAACCAAGCUGCUUACCUAUUGCAGAUUCAGUCUUCCCAGCCUGGUGCAGGUCUACAAUUGUGUUUCUGGUGUCCUUUGACAGCUCUUUGGUCUUGGCCAUAGUGGAGUUUGGAGUGUGACUGUUUGAGGUUGUGGACAGGUGUCUUUUAUACUGAUAACAAGUUCAAACAGGUGCCAUUAAUACAGUUAAUGAGUGGAGGACAGAGGAGCCUCUUAAAGAAGAAGUUACAGGUCUGUGAGAGCCAGAAAUCUUGCUUGUUUGUAGGUGACCAAAUACUUAUUUUCCACCAUAAUUUGCAAAUUAAUUAAUUUAAAAUCCUACAAUGUGAUUUUCUGGAAAUAAAAUACUCAAUUUGUCUGUCAUAGUUUACGUGUACCUAUGAUGAAAAUUACAGGCCUCUCUCAUCUUUUUAAGUGGGAGAACUUGCACAAUUGGUGGCUGACUAAAUACUUUUUUUCCCCCACUGUAUAUAUUUGUAUAAUCUAAAGCUUAUAUUCUAGUGAUUUCUCUCCCUCAUAUACAUAUGCACACACACACUCCUUCUCCAUAGAGACAUUUGACUGCUUUGACCCAUUUAAGAGCUCUUUGCCAGGCUCAGCCAAUCACAGCCCUCCCUGCGCCAGGAAUGCCCAUCGCCCCGGUAA